AUGAAGAACCCUCAUCUGCAUAACGGUAAUUGGAAGACACUCAAUCCGACGGAAGUAUCUACCUCAAAGAAGUUUAAACGUAAAGCUCGGGAACCCGUCAAACGUAUCAGCGAGGAUAAAAGUUAUAAAUAUGAUCACAAAAUUGACGAAAACUCAUUGGCGGACUUGAUGGAGGACACUUUCGAAAAUAACAGCCAACAGAGACUAUCCGACCUGGGCUCUAAUAUAUCUAGUGGUGUGCGCAUCGGACCACUGGAGAAUACGAACACGGCUCUUGAUAUGCGAAUUAACACCUUGCCCACAAUGACCGGAAAACUCAAGGAUAAAAUUCAUUCAUCAUUCCCACAGGUUACAGGCUUUGACAAUCAACAGGCGUUUACACCAGACCCCACGUCACAGUCACGAAUUGUAAUGUGCCAGCGUUCUGAAAGAUCGCUCUCCUCAGCCUCCCAGGCGUCUUGCAUCAAUAACAGCGGCGACCCGGCUGAAUCGCCUAGGAAACGUCCAGGAGAGCCGUCUGGCGUCGUCACUGAGAUCAAAGCAAUUCAGCAGACACGGAGACUGCUAGCAAAUGCCAGAGAAAGAACCCGAGUACAUACCAUCAGUGCAGCCUUUGAGGCGCUGCGAAAGCAGGUGCCCUGCUACUCCUAUGGACAGAAGCUUUCCAAAUUGGCUAUAUUAAGGAUUGCUUGCAACUACAUCCUGUCCCUGGCUCAGCUUGCAGAUCUGGACUACACUCCAGACCACAGCAACAUGAGCUUCAGAGAGUGUGUGGAGCAGUGCACCAGGACCCUGCAGGCCGAGGGUCGCUCUAAGAAGAGAAAGGAAUGAAAUGAAGUGUUAAAUGCAAGUAGCUGCAGAAGAAAAACAACUUCUUUACAGGACUUUUCUGUACUCAAACCCAUCUCCA